GACGUUCGGGCCUUCAGCCGGAAAGAGCCGACAUUUACACAGCAGCGGCCGCAACGUCAUCAACGAGCUCCCAUAGACUGUGCGAGUUCCAGCCGUGCAUUGACAUAGGGGUGCAUAGACACUGCAGCCAUAGAUAUGAUGGUCUUCAUAUCUUCAUAUCUAUGGACACUGCAGCCGCGGAGCUUCUCCUCCCGACCGGAAACUAAAAGUCUGUUUCUUGUGUGCAACCGGGAGUAACAUUCCAGUGAAAUAAACCAACAGAAAGCAGGAACAGUUUCAUGACGAGGUUGGAUCCGUGCGGAGCGAAAGUCUGGGUUGCGUUUGUUUUGCAGACAUGGCGGUGCAGCUGUGGUGCCUGUCCUUCCGGCAGCCCUACGCCGGCCUGAUUCUGGACGGGGUGAAGACGGUGGAGAGCCGCUGGAGACCGGUUCUGGCGCCUCUGGAGAACCAGACCCUGGCAGUCCACGUGGCCUGGCGGAACUGGGACGGGGAGGAGUGGCAGGCGGUGCUUGGCGGCCCUCUGGGGAUGAACCGGGUGCAGGUGGAGGCGCUGCUGGAGUCUGGGGAGCGGUGGGGCCGCAGUGUGGUGGCAGGAUUGGUGGACGUGGGCCGGACCUGGCUCUGCCCCGCCUCCUUGCAGGGGGAGGAGCUAAGCCAGCUUGAGCGCGCAGCCGUUCUGAUUGGUCUUCAGGAGAAACAUCUGACUCACCUGUCAAACCCCCGCUGGCUGAAGGAGCCGCUGAGCGUGAGAGGAGGCCGUGACCUGUUCAGCGUGGAGAUCCCAGCCCACCUGUUACCAUGACGACAUGUCCACCUGUUACCAUGACAACCUGUUUAAUAAUUAGUUAAUCAUCCGGCUCUAAAUUAGUCGUUAAUCUUUAAUCCUAAACUUUAACCAGAUAUUCGUCUCACAGCUCAUCCUUUAGAACGGUUCUGUCAUUAUUUUUAUUGUUCUUUAGAUCAUCCAGAAGGUAAACCAGGAAAUAGAAACUGUUACCACAGCAACCCAUCAGGUGUUCCUUGGUCAUGUAACCUGCAGGUAAACCAGGAGAGAGUCUCUGUCUGCUGGUGAAACUAAACUUUAUUCACACGAUCAAUCAACACAAAUACAUCCCAUAAUAUCAACAGGGACUGAGUGCGCCCGGCCCGAGGCCUCUGAUUGGUCAGCUCAUUCGACCAAUAACAAACAACGAAAGAAGUGGGCGCUUUGUUUCCACAGCAACAGAGGAUAGCGUCACUAAUGAGCAAAUCAAUUUACAGGAACCUUAAUGAGCCUCUAACAAAGGAACG